AUGACUCCAGGAACCCCAAAUCAUGACGCAAACCCCACUAGAAGCGUGACGCCUAUCCCCUCUACCCGUAAACACCGCCUUGAGGAUGCUUACGAUGCCUCGGACAAUCGCCGGAAAGAUCCCAAGGUCAGCCGCGCCUGCGACUCGUGCAAGGUGAAGAAGAUUCGAUGCUCAGGAACAGCUCCAUGUCAACACUGCAACAGGAGACGCUUAACAUGCACCUAUGCCAGCAAAUAUUUGCGGGGCCGACCUCCUACACCUCCACCCCUAUCGACAUGCAGAGAGCCGGCAACUGCGUGCGCAGGCCGAAUACCAGAUGUGCAACAUACAAGUUCGAGAAGUACCUCCACUACCAGUGGAGAUGUACAGGUCAAUGAGCAGCCUCAGGUGAACAUCGCGGAAGGGACCAGUGGCGCUUCGGUGAACGUCGGAGAUGGUGCUCCCUCGCGUGCAUCACCAGAGCUAGUUAUCGAGGGACAGUAUGUCGAUCCAACAUCCGGCCUCACUUCGUUUCAUCAUGCAUGGCGCAAGAUCUCUAUGCAACAGAGAGACAUUGCAUCCCCAAGAACGAGUGAGGCGGAGAUGAAUCAGCCCUUAGUUUCCGCAGGAGACAGGCCGUUUUACCAAGACGCACAUAAUUCUGACCCAUUUCCCGAUGCCUCCACGGCGCGUGAUUUACUGUGUUUUUACUUCGACUCUUGUGUGGUUACCUAUAGAAUAUUUCACCGACAGACCGUCGAGAGUUGGCUGGAGGCUGUCUUGAAUAAUCGGCGAACAAAUCGGCCAAGCACACACACCAUCGGAAUUGCUAAAUAUAGCGUUAUCUUGACGAUUUUGGCAAUCGCGCGGUUUCGCAUUUCAAAGAGCGAAGCCAGCAAUGACGAGGUAUCAGCCCUACGGUCAACAGACCCCUUAUUCUGUGCGGCAAUGGACCUUACCGAUACAGAGAGGGGAUUUCCGCGGUUGGAGUCAGCCCAGGCCAGACUGAUCCAAGUGCUAUAUCUCCUCCAGACAUCUCGCGUAAAUAGGGCUUGGUACGUAUUCGGUAACGUUUAUCAAAUUGUCUCUUCGCUAGGUCUGCACCGGCGGCGCUCAAGGAAGCAGAACCCUCUCUCGAAUGGUCUUUCGAAUUAUGCUAAGGCGCAAUGCGCCAAACGUGUCUUCUGGGUCACAUAUACCAUUGACAAGUAUCUGAGCGUGGUUAUGGGGCGACCACAACUUCUACAUGAUGAUGACAUUGACCAAGACUUUCCGGACAGUGUUAAUGAUGAGGACAUUGGGCCUGAUGGUCUUGUAACCGUGGAGGCUGCCGAGGAUUGUCACGUUGAUGCCCUUAUCUUUCAUGCCAAGAUCGCGCAUAUCAUCGGACGGAUAUCACGUCAAGUGUACUCGGUUGGUAGUUCAGUUGGUGAGGGCCGAAAGGCGGCUGCAUAUCAUAUCGUGCACGAACUCCAUGUUUGGCGGGCCAACCUCCCCUUACACCUAGGCACGAUCAAGCCGUCUACGCUCAUACCUAGCUUCCGGAGAGAAGCGACAGCACUUCAGCUUGCCUACUCACAUGCACUUAUCCAUGUUAAUCGCCCGUUUCUCCUGGGAGAUGUAGUUAGUUCUGAUGACGAAUCCGAGGUAAAAGACCGAAUCGCUGAAUGUAUCUCCGCUGCGAAAACGGUAUUAGAACUAGUCAACACAAUGGCGAAAGAUGCAAAUUUGCUUCAUUCCUUUUGGUGGACCCAUUAUGUGAGCUUUUGCGCACUCGCGGUGGUAUAUAUCUGGAAUAUACAGUGCAAGUCACACAAUGACCAAUUCCUGGAGAAUGAAUCAUCGUACGUGAAGCUAUUUGACCUCGCAGAGAAGUGCCGGGCUCAUUUGGCUUGGACUGGGUCGGCAGCAUCACCCGGGCGAAGAUACGCAGCCAUCUUGGAUGAACUGCGCCUGGAGGCCCAACGUGAGACCAUCAACAACACUAUUACGGAUUCCGGACAAAGAAUGACAGGGAGGGUAGAACACACUUCCAAUUCCCAACUCAACGUCUUCGAUGCUUCGGGCCUGGCUGAAGCACCCUUUGAAUGCAUAACCUCUACUGAUAAGCCUGUGAAUGCCGUUCCUAGCAUGCUUGAGACAUGGCAAGCUGUCGAUUGGCUGGACCUAGACGCCUCUGCUUUUUACUCGGCUCUAGAUGAUCUAGGAAUCUCACCAACAUGGUAA